UGACGUGGAUAUCGGCUCUCAGCUACUGUCAUGGUAGUGAGAGGUCUGUGAUUCAGCGCAUCGCCGACUCUAGAAUAAUUUAUUUUCACUUUAUACGCCAAAACGCAGCAGACAGUGAGAAAGAGGAGCCAGGCAAACGCAACAGAUCUUAAACUCAAACGCCGUUUGCCUACGGAAACUCUAAAUUCAGACAUAGGAAUUGUUAUGCCAAAGCUAGUGAUAGCAGAAGUAACCUGUAGCUAACUGUAGGUAGGUACUGUGAGGCAGUUGUCUAACUUUAUUUUCAGCUUGCCAGACGAACUCCGUCUGUGCUGCGGUGUAGGCCUACCAUACGCACAGCACCGUUCUCAAUCUUUUCCCGGUAGAAAGUGCCUUUCCCGUUUGUGUCAUACAGCUUACUGACAAGUCAAGCCACCAGCAAGCAAGUAAGUAAGGCAGCCAAGCACACAGCAACUUGCCAGGAUGAAAGUUAAAGCCAAAUUUGAGAAUAUCCGUGACAAAAUAGACGGCAAUGAAGUGGACCUGAGUCUCUGCAAUCUGACGGAGGUGCCCGUCAGAGAACUGGCCGCGUUCCCCAAAGCCACCUCUCUGGAUCUCUCCUGUAACAACCUCAUUACUCUGGCACCCGAGUUCUGCAGCCUGGUCCACCUGACCCGUAUUGACCUGAGUAAGAAUCAGCUGUACAGCCUGCCAGAAGACAUGGGCCAGCUGACCUCACUACAGCACCUCGACCUGUUCCAAAACAAACUCAUCACACUACCCGUCUCCUUCUCACAGCUGAGGAGUCUGCGAUGGCUGGAUCUGAAGGACAACCCUCUGGAGGCUCCGCUGGCUAAAGUGGCCGGAGACUGUCUAGACGACAAGCAGUGCAGACAGUGUGCCAACAUGGUGCUUCAACAUAUGAGAGUGCUACAAGAGGAGGCCGACAAACUGACAGAGAAACGCCUACUCAGACAGAGAGAGUUGGAGCUGAAGCGGGAGGCCAAACUGCGAGAGCAGGAGGCGCGUGAGAAGGAGGUGCGUAAGAAGGAGAAGGCGGAGGAGAAGGAGAGGAAGAGGAGGGAGUACGAAGCCCAGCAGGCAGCCCUCGCACAGCAGGAGACGCAGAGGAAGAGGAGAGAGGAGAGGAAGGAGAGGAGAGCUGCCGCCAACGCAGAGAAGAAGAAGGCGGAGUCUGCAGUGGCGGUGCGUUCUGGUUGGUCGGUGUGGCGGCUGCUGCUGCGCCUCUUCCUGCUGCUGCUGCUGGGCGCGUGCGUGAGCGUGUGUGUGUGCCACGUGACCGCACUGCGCGACGAACCGGUGUGUGUACCGCUGCGGACGCUACUCCAGGAUGCCGUCCAAUGGGCCGAGGGCCAGGAGCUGCUCCAGCCAAUUAUGCAGAAGAUCUCCCCCGGACACACCCACUCCUCAUAGAACUGGCCAAUCACGAGAGGGGACAGCAGCUGCUGCAGCCAAUGAGCUGUGCUUGUUGUGAUGGAACCAAAAAUUGAUCAAUUCAUAUCAAAUCCAUGCAGUGCACUGUACAUGCACAUGUGACGAUUUCUAGUAACCAGAAUGCAUUGCAGCUUUCAGCGUUCAUGUACACUGCAUCAGUUUGAUCAGAUGUGAUGUGAUGGCUUUUUGCACCGUCACAAAUUCAGUGGAUCUCAGCCAAUCACAUUGAAGAUCUCCGCCCUCACUGCUGCAGGCCCCUCCUCCUCUUGUGACAUCACCCGUCAAUCAGCAGCCAUGCCCCACCCCCUCCACCUGUAGCC